AUGCCUCGCAAAAUGAAGAACAAGGCCGCCGUGCCUUCGGAAGAACAUCCUUCCAAGCGUACAAAGCUUUUCGACGACGAUGCCGCUUCAGACGACGACGCUGUUAACCUCACCAUCAACGAGGAGUUUGCCAAACGCUUCGAACACAACAAGAAGCGCGAGGAGAAGCAAAGACUCGAGGAGAAAUACGGAGACGAAGCCUCUGACGACGAGUCUUCUACCGACGAAGGCGAAGAUGAUGCCGCCGAAUUAGCCACUGCCGACCUGGACAACGAGAUCUUUGCGACUCUCAAUGCCAUCAAGAAGAAGGACCCUCGCGUUUACGACCCCAACGUUACUUUCUACACACCUUUCGAAGCCGACCAAGCCAACGCCGACGCUUCCAAGAAGGAAAAGCCCUUGUACUUGGCUGACUACCAUCGUCAAAAUCUCCUGAACGGCAACGCCCAGGUCGAUGAGGAUGAAGACGCUCCCCCACAGACAUAUGCUCAAGAGCAACAAGCUCUCAAGGAUGACCUGAUCAAUCAGAUGCAUGCCGCUGCUGAUGACCAGGAAGAAGGCGACGAUGAAGACGACUUCCUGGUCAGAAAGCCAGGUCAAACUCCUGCCGUCAAGGACACCGCCCGCCCGAAGAUUACCGAACGCGAUAUUCAGGUUGCCGACAAGGACCCAGAGACCUUCCUCUCCAAUUUCAUGCAAUCCCGCGCAUGGGUGCCUGAUGAGAAGUCACGUUUCGAUGAUGCUUUUGAUUCGGAUGACUCCGAGGACGAGAGACGCGCCGAGAUGUUCGAGUCAGCUUACAACAUGCGCUUCGAGGAUCCCGCAAAGGCCAAUGAGAAGCUCAUGACCUUUUCUCGUGAUGUCGCCAAACUGAGUGCUCGUAGAGAAGAGAAGAGCGGCAGAAAGAAGCAGCGUGAAAAGGAGCGUGAGAAGAAGGAGGCCGAGAAGCGCGAACGCACAGAAGACAAGGCCAGACUCAGAAAGCUCAAGAUCGACGAGGUUGAAGAGAAGGUCAAGAAGAUCAAAGAGGCUGCUGGCCUUAAGAAUCAAGCUCUCGAUCUUGGCGAGUGGAAGCAGGUCUUGGAUGAGGAUUGGGAUGACGACCAAUGGGAACAGGAAAUGAAACGUCGCUUCGGUGACAAUUACUACGCCGAUAAAGAUGGCAUCGUCGAAGAUGAUGCCGAGGAAGAAGAUGACGCGGAAAGCUCCAAAAAGCCCUCAAAGCCGAAAUGGGACGACGACAUCGACAUUGGUGAUCUCGUGCCAGAAUUUGACGAGGAGGCAGAGGCAGCCAAACUCAAAUCCGAGCUGGCCGGAUCAGAUGAGGAUGAGGAAGAGGAGGAUGAAAUGGCAGAGGACAACGAAGACGACAACAUCAUCGCUCCUGAUGGUGUCAAACGCAAGACCAAGAAGGACCGACUGAAGGAGGCUGCAGACAAGAGACGUGUGGCUCGCAAAGAACGCAUGGCCAUUGAAGAGCUUGUAGAUGCAGACUUGACAGCCGAUCUUCCUUCGACCAAGACGGCCGGCUUCCGUUAUCGCGAGACUUCACCAACCUCAUUCGGCUUGACGGCACGCGAUAUUCUCUUCGCCGACGACACUGCGCUGAACGAGUAUGCCGGUCUGAAGAAACUGGCAACGUGGCGUGAUGAUGACAAGAAGAAGAAGGACAAGAAGAAGCUCGGCAAGAAGGCCCGUCUACGACAAUGGCGCAAAGAGACGUUCGGCAACGAAGAUGGCUUUACAGGUGGCUUCAAGGAAUUCUUGGGCGAGGAGACACCGGCACAGGGCAAUGUUGACAGUCAAGGUGGAAGCAGAAAGAGAAGAGGAAAGAAGCGCAAGGCCGAAGCCUGA